AUGGCAAAAAGUACGAAGAAAUCGACUCGUAAAUUCGAGAAAAAUCAUCUCAAGGACGUUCUCGAGAAACGGAAGGCAGGUGCGAAGAUCAAGCAGCGCCAGCAAGUCAAGGCCAAACGACAAGCACGAAAUGCGAAAGAUGCAGAGUUCGUGGGCGGAGAAGGUGAAGAGGAGUCUAAAAUGAACGGAUCUGCCAAGGAGGAUCUAUUUGGAAAGAUGAAUGUGGACGAUUUUUUCCAAGGUGGUUUCGAUAUUCCGGAAAAGCCUGCCAAAAAGUCGAAACCGAAAUCAGUACCAGAAAAACUUGGCAAGAGGAAACGACCAGAGCCUGCCGAGGAAGAUGAUGAUAACUCCUCGGAAGCUUCGAUUGAGGAGGCGCCGGUCUUAAGUGAUAGCGAGGCUGAGAGUGGUGCCGAGGAUGAGACUGGCAUGAGCAAAGGAGCUAUGGCCGCUUUGGCGGAGAAGGAUCCAGAGUUCUACAAAUUCUUGAAGGACAAUGACCCCGAGGUUUUGGAAUUUGACGAAGAUGCCGAUCUAGCAGAAGUUGACGAGUUGAGCGGCGAGGAAGAAGAGGAGCCGAAAAAGAAGAAGCAAAAGAAGUCCAAGAAAGCCAAAGCCAAGGAGGAAGAUUCCGCCGAGGAAGAGGAGGAGGAGGUCGAGGAUUCAGCAGAGGUAUCGAAAGAGAUGGUCAAGAAAUGGACGAAAGCCAUGAAAGAACAACACUCUCUACGUGCUAUGCGCCAAGUAGUUCUUGCAUUCAGAGCAGCGGCGCAUGUCAACGAAGACGAGGGGAAGGAAUAUAAGUACACGAUCUCGAAUCCAGAGGUCUAUCACGAACUCCUCAUUUCUACCCUCAAACACGUUCCGGAAGUCCUCAACCACCACCUUCCCGUUAAGGAGAAUGCCGCUGGCAAAGUCCGAGUGUCAACUGAUUCGAAGAAGUUUAAGACCCUUACACCACUACUAAAGUCGCACACCUCAUCCGUACAACAUCUUCUCACUACACUCUCAGACGCAUCCACCUUAAAACUUACUCUUUCUUCAAUCUCACCACUCCUGCCAUACCUGUUAUCUUUCAAGAAGGUCCUGAAGAACAUUGUCAAGACUGUUGUGGAUAUUUGGUCAGAUGCUUCAAGCAGCGAGGCAACACGGAUCACAGCCUUCCUCAUACUUCGGAGACUAGCAGUAAUCGGAGAUCCUGGAUUAAGAGAGGCUGUUUUGAAGACUGUUUAUCAAGGACUGAUCAAGGGCAGCCGAACCACGUCAAUCCACACUAUCCAGGGUAUUAACCUUAUGAAGAACUCUGCAGCUGAGCUUUGGGGUAUCGACCAAGAAGUUGGCUACGCUACCGGCUUCACGUUCAUACGUCAAUUAGCCAUUCAUUUAAGAAGCAGCAUCACGAACAAUCAGAAAGAGAGCUACAAGACUGUCUACAACUGGCAAUAUGUACACUCCUUAGAUUUCUGGUCUUGUGUUCUAGCAGAGCAUUGCAGUCCUCUCAAAGAAGCAGAGAAUGGAAAAGAAUCGCAAUUACGACUGCUAAUCUACCCUACUGUACAAGUUACCCUCGGAGCCAUGCGACUGAUCCCAACCGCAACUUACUUUCCCCUCCGCUUCCAAUUAAUGCGAUCACUACUCCGCCUUUCUCGAGCUACCGGCACAUACAUUCCUGUGGCAUCAGCGCUCCUCGAGGUGCUCAACUCAGCCGAGAUGAAGAAGCCACCAAAGCCCAGCACGCUGAAGAGCCUCGACUUCGCAUCCAACUACAAAGCGCAGAAGUCGUAUCUCAGAACAAGAGUAUAUCAAGACGGUGUUGGUGAGCAGGUUGCAGAGCUGCUGUCCGAGUUCUUCGUCUUGUGGUCAACGAGUAUUGCAUUUCCAGAAUUAGCAUUGCCCGUAAUCGUUAUGUUGAAGAGAUGGCUAAAGGAGGUAUCAAACAAGACUUCAGGCAAUAAGAACAGCAAGGUGAACUCAAGCUUCGUGCUUCUGAUUCAGAAGUUGGAGGCUAAUAGCAAAUGGAUUGAAGAGAAGAGAGCUAAGGUUGACUUUGCGCCCAACAACAGGGCAGGUGUCGAAGGCUUCUUGAAGGGAUUCGAGUGGGAGAAGACACCGCUUGGUGCCUUUGUUGUUGGACAGAGGAAGCAACGAGAUGAGAAAGCUAAGCUUCUCGAGGAAGGCAGGAGAGAAGAAGACCGAAAGAGGAAGCUGGACAGAGAGAAGGAGAAAGCUGUGGGUAGUGAUAGCGAUGAGGAUAUGGAGUAUCCUGAAAACGACGACUCAGCCGACGAGGAUGAAGAGGACAACGAGUAA